AUGGCUUUUGUUUAUUUAUCUUCUAAAAAUUUACCAUAAUUUUCAUAAAUAUAAUCUAAUUUAGGUCCAGGAAGUUAUUUAGCUCAUUAAAAUUAUAAUAUUAAAAAACUUUACGCUGGUUUUAAUUCUACAGUUGAAAGAUAAAAAGAGUUUUAAUAAAUAAUUAUUACACCUGGUCCUGGUGAUUAUAAUAUACAAAAAAUUCCCUAAAAUAAUGAAAAAUAAUUAUUAAAUAAAAAUAUUAAAAGCUAAAAUAAUAAUAAAAAACCUACUUAAAUAUUUUGCGGAAAUUAAAAAAGAUUCGAAGAUUAUAUAACUAAAGAAAAGCAAUUAAUUCCUGGUCCAGGAUCAUAUGAUUAUGACGAAUAAUAAUUUUAAAUGAAAUCAAAAAAACAAAAUAUAUAAAAUAGCGAUUAUAUUAUUUCACAUUUAUUAAAACUUAAUAAAUAUUAAUCUGUACCUUCUAUACCUUCUAAAUAUAAUUAAUAUGGAUAUACAGAAAAUGAAGAAAAUUAAAUGAAUUUGAAUUAAUUACCAUUGCAUUCAUAUUAAGGAACAAAAUAAGAUUCUGUUGGGCCUGGAUAAUAUGAAAUAAAUUAUUCUUCAUUAAUAAAAGAAAAAUAUAAAGGAACAUAAUGGCAUAAAUAUAAAUCCAGAAACGAUAAUAUAUUAAUUAAAUAAUAAGAAAAUAUAGGCCCAGGUACAUAUGAUGUUACAAAUAAAUAAAUACCAAUAUAUAAGCUUAAAUAAAGUCCUGGAUUUAUACUUGAUUAAUCUAAAGAAUAAGCAAAUUAAAGACUUAAGAAUAAAUUAAAAAAAGAAAAUUAAGAAGAAUAAGAAGAUGAAGAAUAUAUAAAUGGAGCAACACCUGGACCUGGAUAUUAUUAUAAUUCAAUUCCUAAAAAAACAAUUAAACCAGAAAAAUUCUAAAAUUUCGGAUCUUUUACUCCAAAUAGAUUUUCUAUUGAAAAAUAAUAGCAAAUUUUAAUAGGUCCUGGUCAAUAUGAUCCAAAAGUUUCUGGAUUAUUUGCAAAUAAAUAAUACAUAAAAGAUAGAGUAAUAUAAAAUCUAUUAAAAGGAUAUAAAGGAAAUUUCGGUGUUAAUGAAAAAAGAUUUAAAGACUAAAUAGAUGAAAUACCUGGUCCAGGGACAUAUACUAAUUCUAUUAAUGAAUAAAUAUAAAAUGAAUAAUAAUCAGCAGUUUUUAAAUCUUAAAAUGGACGUUCUGAUUUUGUUAAUAAAGAAAAAAGACCACCAGUUGGUUCCUAUUAAUUAAAUUAUUAUGAUAUUGAACAUAAAAUAUAAAACUAGUAAAUAGAUUCGGAAAUAAAGACUAAUAUUCCUAAUUUAGGAUUUGGUAUAGCAGCAGAAAGAUUUAAAGAUAAAAAAAUCGAAGAAGUAGACGAACAGGAUAAAAUAUUAAAAAUUGCAAAAGAUAAUAAUGAAAAAUAAAUUCCUAAAUAGAAAAAUUAAAUAAGUUUUCCAAAAGCUGAUAGAUUUUCCCAAAAAUAAAAUAUUAAUAAAAUUCCAGGACCAGGUGAUUAUAAUUAUGAUUCGAAUUGGAAUAAAAGAUCAUAUAAUGUACAUUUUGCACUUUUAUGA